AAUGCGAAUGGUGUCUCAUCAUGAUUCACGAAAGUGCACCUCUUCUUUUUAAGGACGUUAAUUCAGAUCUUUCUUUAUUUUUUGCUACUUUGUGUAUUGUUGAUAUAUUUGGUGUUUUUCCAAUUAUCGCUUUGCCAAGUGCUAUUGUUCAGUGCGGAUUAUUUGGAAUUCCUUUGAUACUCGUUGUUUUUGGAUUACAAAUAUACACAGCUGCACUUCUUGGAAAAUCAUGGAUCAUAGCUACGAAUUUGGAUCCAUUGAUCUUUCGAAAAAAUCGGUAUCCUUUAGCAGCAGUAACCGAAUUAACGCUGGGUCCACGAGCACGAACUAUUGUAACUUUUCUUUUGGAUCUUACAAUUUUUGGUUGUGGAAUACCCAAUUUAUUGGUCGCGUCGCAGAAUCUACAAAUGUUUGGAGUUAGAAUAUCGGAUGAACGAUUUGAUCUUUCUUUUUGUUAUUGGUUACUUCUCGUUGGUAUGCUUCUCUGUCCUUUCAUGUGGUUAGGAAGUCCCCGAGAUAUGAAAUGGUUGGCAAUGUUUUCGUGCGGUACGAUCAUUUUUACCGCAAUACUGAUUUGGUGGUGUAUCAUUAACGAUGAUCGUACAAUCGAUCAUUUGCCGAUACCAACUUCGCCAACUUGGGAUAAAUUUAUAUCUGGUUACGGUAUGUUGGCCUUUUUGUUUGACGUACAUCCAACACUGAUGACCAUUCAAGUUGACAUGCACAAUCCUCGUGAUAUCAAUAAAGCUAUUAUUUUUUCCUUUAUUGUCAGUAUGUUACUUUUUGGAGUAACAACGGGCUUGGCUAUGUGGAAAUAUGAAGGAAAUGUAACAGCAAAUAUUCUUCAAAAUGUACCAACAGGAUUUGCAAUAAAUGGUGCUAUCUUAUUAGCUGCUCUUCAAUUAUGUUUAUCCAGUGCAUUAGGACAUUCAGCACUUUUUCAACAUCUUGAAGAUAAAUUUCAAAUAGAGAGGGCAUUCGGAUGGAAACGUUGUGCCAUAAGAUCGGCAGUUGUUUUUUUCGGAGUUGCUAUAGGAGAAUCAGUACCGCGCUUCGAUAUAGUAAUGGCUCUGAUUGGUGGAUCACUAACGGGACCAUUGGUUUUCGUACUUCCGCCAUUGAUGUAUGCCAGAGCGGUAGCUUUGAAAAAUAGAGCGGAUCAUGUUUCGACACCAGAAAUUUAUUCGGCGGCUGAAAGACGAUUAAGUAUGAGCGAUGUUAAUUUAGAUCCAAGAAUUCAUUCAAGAUCCGUCUACGAUGGUUUUCUGGGUGUUGCUAAAUCCAUACCAUAUCGAUAUUCGUACGUUUAUUAUUACGAUAUGGAAAAUGAUAUCGAUGAACGAUUAGAAGAGGAUGAAAUGGAUCACGAAGAAAAUUAUUCUAAUCUUAUAACCUUGAACGAAUUUUCAUUAAUGAGAAGAGAUCGUCAAGAAGAGGCUAUUUUUAUCGACGCUAGUCAACCAUCUUUAAGAAAUCGUCGAAGACGAGUUCAUUUGGCACAAGCACCGUCUAAAUCUCUAGUACUCUGUGAUCUUAAAAAAACAAUGAAUUGGUUUGGUUAUUUCAUUGUAAUUAUUGGGAUGGGAAUCACAAUAUCGUCUACUUACAUUAACAUUAAAAAUACUAUUCGUUAUGUACGUUUUACACCGCCAUGUAUCAUUAAUGCUAGUGUUGUACAAGAUGCUAUUUAAUUGUAUUUCUUUGUGUUCUUUUUUUUUUACGUUUUAUGGGUAUCGCUUA